UAUGGUAAGAUACAGAAAAUAUUAAACAUCCAUUGAUGUUUGUUGAUGAUUUUUGACAUUUUUAUUGUUAAAAAUCAUACUUAUCCUGUAAGUGUUUAUUUUUUGAAUUCUUAAGAAUUUAAGAUAAAACACCUCCAAAACUAAAACUGAUCAUGUACUUGAAUGUAUAUUAAAGAAGAAUAAAAUGCCAUCGAAGCACCGUGGAAGCACAACGAGUGAGUACAAGGGUACAAUAAUUGUACCGAGUAAAGUGGUUAGCAAGAACAGCAGUGCCACCAAACUAACUAAUCUAGAGGGAGUCGAAGAAACAGAAAUUACUGCACAAAUAUCAGUACCAAAUGAAGGAGGAUGGGGAUGGGUCGUUGUUCUAUGCAGUUUUUUGACUAUCUUCGUCUUUGAUGGAAUUUACUUCACGUUUGGCAGCAUGUUAAAGGAAAUGACGUACGACCUUGGAGUAGACGAAUCAUUGGUAGCACUUGUAAAUUCAAUAGCAGUGGCACUUUAUUUUGUUGGGGGCCCUUUAGUAUCGGCCCUUAUUAAUAGAUUUGGAUUUCGAGCUAUUGCAAUGACUGGUUCCAUCACUAGUUCUAUAGCGUUAUUAGGGACUUAUUUUGCUGCUGAUUAUAUGUCAAUCCUUUUUUUAUACGGAAUUGUUGGAGGAGCUGGAGCUUGUUUAUGUAGCAUGCCAUCGGGAUUAGUAGUAGGCUUUUAUUUUGAACGGCUUAGAUCUAUAGCAAUGGCAAUAUCGAGUACUGGUUCAAGUUUAGGAAUCAUGGUCCUGUUUAGCGUAAACACAUAUAUUGUUAACCUGGCUGGAUGGCGCGUAUUAAUGCUGUUUCAUUCUGGUUUAGUAGCUUCAACAUACUUCUUUACUAUGUCUUUUAAACCUUUGCUCUCGUUGACUGUAACGGCAUCACCUAUAACAGAUACUGGUGCUACUACUACAGAACGCACACGUACAAUAACUUAUUUACCAAGUGUGGGUACUAUGAAAACACCAUCUAAAACAGCAUCUAAAACAAAAAGUGAAGUGAAGGCUAGUGCAGCGGAACGACUCUUUAGUGCAGUGUCUAAUCCUCACUUUCCUACUGCGGCAGCAGUGAUUGGGGAAAGUGUAGCGGUUACACCGACUCAACAAACGGACCAAGCCGGACAAAUAGGACAACCGGGGACAUCAUAUGCAGCUGUUCCAUCGAGGCUUGUCGUAACAGCACAAGGACCACAAAGUGGAAUGACUAAGAAACAGUUAAAGCAAGUCCAAUCAUUAAUAUCAAAGUCAAAAACAAGUGUACGUGAAAAAAGAGCAGAGUCUGCAGAUAAAGCAGAAUUAGUCAUUGUGGAAAAAGAAAAACUGCAGAAAUGGUGGCAAAGAUUAUUUCAUUGGGAAAAGCAUAUAGCUGAAGCGAGGCCUAUGUAUCGUGAUGACGCUUUUUAUGAGGGCCCCUUAGACAGGUUACCUGCUUAUCAGAAAAGUAGGAUAGACACAGCUCCUGAAGAAAGAACUGGUCUUGAAUAUCAAAUGGCCGUCACACGUGCAGUGACCGCUGCAGAUUUAGAAGAAAAAAGAGGAGUUUACACUGCUGCAGUAAGAAGAGUUUUAGCUACCAUGAUGGAUCCAAAGCUAUUAAAAAGAGGUUCUUUUCUAUUACUGUGUUCGAGUGGUUUCUUCACAUAUUUAGGCUUUUUAGUACCUUACGUAUAUUUGCCCGACAGAAAUCGGCAACAAGGAAUAGAUCCCACACAUUGUAGUUUAUUUAUAAGUGUCAUGGGUUUAGCAAAUGCGUGUGGCCGUCUGGUUAUAGGUACAAUAGCCAUGAAAGUCAACCCUGUAAAUCUUUAUGCGAUUGUAUGUAUAAUAUCUGGAUUUGCGGUAAUGGCAUUUAAUUUUUCGUUCAAUUUGUAUUAUCAGUACGCAAUAUGCGUACUUUUUGGAUUUCAUAUAGCCAGUCUAAGUUCCAUGCGAAGUAUAGUAAUAGUUCAAUUGUUCGGUCUGGAUUUGUUAACUAAUGCAACUGGUGUUAUGAUAAUGUUUCAAGGCGUAGGGAGUCUAAUAAGCACCCCGCUGUCUGGCGUUCUCAAAAGUCAAUUUGGUUAUGAUGUAUCUUUUUACGUAGCCGGAGUGUUAAUUUGUAUGAGUGGCUUUGUUUUAAUCCCGGCUAGCAGACUUAAUAGACGAGAGCGGGAUAGAUUAAAGGAAAAAGAGGAUGCAGAAGCUAAAAAGAAAGCUGUCACGUCGACUCAGUCUCCUGUGGCAACAACUGUAAAAAAGGGCGCAAACACCGGUCCAGUAUCAUGAAAUUGUAUUUAUUUUAUUGCUUCUGUAAAAUUUUAAAUGAAUAAGGAAUUAUCAUUGUACCAUAUUGAUCGAGACCCAGACUGAAUAGAAACUAGCCCUAUCUUAUGAAUCAAACGAAUUUAAUCAUGUGAUUUAGAAAAAAAAGAUGUAUAAGUAUCAUUUUAAAUACAACAACUUACAUAACUUACACUUAAGAUUUCAAACGGUAGAAUUUGUAAUAACUUCAAAUUGAAUCUUAACCUUUUUUAAUUUACGUAAAUACAUUUAUUCUCCAAUAUGUAAUUGUAUUAGUUUUUCACUUGAUGAAAAGUAUAUUAUGUCAUUGUAUAUUGUCAGUCCAGUCAGCACAGUUGUGUGCAGGUGCAGGUACAGAGACAGAGUAAAUAUUGAUAUACUAAAUUAUAUUGUUGUUAACGAAACUAUAUUAUCUUUUAUAACCACUGGUCGUCUCAGUAUCAGUAGCCUAUAGGUAUGUACUGUAUGUAUCUUAUUUUCGUACCUGCAUAUAAAAUAACUGUGCAGAUUGUACUUCAAGUGGAAAUAACUAAUAUAUUUAUUAUUUUAUAGUUAAACUUGUCAUGUAGGCGUAUUCUGAUAUUUUGUUUAAUGAUUACUCGCAAUAAUAUAUUAUAAUUAUUUGACUAA